AUGUCGGCUGAGAAAGUGAAGAAGCCGCUCAGCUCGUACUUGUGCUUCUGCCAGGAGGAGAGGGAAACCUUCAAGGCGCAGAAUCCCGACGCGGGCAUGACCGACAUCCUCAAGCUCAUGGGCGAGGCCUGGAAAGACAUGCCACAAGCGCAGAGAGCGCGCUAUGAAGCCAUGGCCGCAGCGGACAAGGCGAGGUACACCGCCGAGCUGGCCAGCUCCGGAGCCAACACCCAAUUAAAUGAGUGGAUGGAAUAA